GGCCUGUAGAGAUGCAGUCUUUCCCAGAGUGACUUCCUGGGUCUUCAUACAGCCAUGGAUCUGGAUAAACCUUCUGUCUGGGGCUCUUUAAAACAACGGACCAGGCCUUUGUUAAUCAACCUGAGCAAGAGGAAAGUGAAAAAGAACUCAGACAAACCCCUGGACUUAGGGGCCAGGCAUUGUCUGGACCGCCGCCUCAGCCUCUCCGUCCCUGACCUCCUGGAGUCUGAGGCCUUGGCCCCCGAGGGGCGGCCUUACUCCCGGCCCCAGUCGUCCUACACCUCGGUGCCUAGCAGCCUUUCAACGGCAGGGAUCGUUCCCAAAAGUAGCAGUAGCUCUUUGAAACAGUCUGAAGAAGAAUUGGAUUGGAGCCAGGAAGAAGCAGGCCACUUCCAUGUAGUGGAAACAGACUACCGGGAGACCUACACCUCUCCUGCCGAGGACAGGAGGGCUUCCAGCAAUGGCAUCUUUGAUGUGCUCCAGAAAACUCCCCUUGGAGAGGAUGCGCCAGAAGAGCCAGAGAAGCUCUGUGGAAGUGGUGAUCUGAAUGCUUCUCUGACAUCCCAACGUUUCGAAGAGCUAUCUACGCUCGGGGAAGCCGGCGAUGGCUUGAGUAACCUGCCCAGCCCUUUCGCUUACCUCCUCACCAUCCACCUGAAGGAAGGCCGGAACCUGGUGGUCCGGGAUCGCUGUGGCACGAGUGAUCCCUAUGUGAAAUUUAAGCUGAAUGGGAAGACUCUGUACAAAAGUAAAGUCAUAUAUAAGAACUUGAACCCAGUUUGGGACGAAAUAGUCUUAUUGCCAAUACAAAGCCUUGAUCAAAAGCUGCGUGUGAAGGUGUAUGAUCGAGAUUUAACUACAUCUGAUUUCAUGGGUUCUGCAUUUGUCGUUCUGAGUGAUCUUGAGCUUAACAGAACGACUGAACAUAUUUUAAAAUUGGAAGAUCCAAACAGUUUAGAAGAUGACAUGGGAGUGAUUGUAUUAAAUUUGAACCUAGUAGUAAAACAGUGUGAUUUCAAGAGACACCGUUGGUCAAAUCGGAAGCAGUUAAGUGCCAGCAAGUCCUCUUUGAUACGCAACCUCCGGCUCUCAGAGUUCUUGAAAAAGAACCAACUCUGGAACGGGAUUAUAAGUAUAACUUUGUUGGAAGGAAAGAAUGUCUCAGGAGGAAGCAUGACAGAGAUGUUUGUCCAGUUAAAACUGGGAGAUCAGAGGUAUAAAAGUAAGACACUGUGUAAGAGUGCAAAUCCGCAGUGGCAGGAACAGUUUGACUUUCACUACUUCUCUGACAGGAUGGGCAUUUUGGACAUUGAAGUGUGGGGAAAGGACAGCAAAAAGCACGAGGAACGUCUGGGCACGUAUAAAGUGGAUAUCUCAGCCCUCCCACUGAAGCAAGCCAACUGCCUGGAGCUGCCUCUGGAGAGCUGCCUGGGGACGCUCUUGAUGCUGGUCACCCUCACGCCCUGCGCGGGAGUCUCCGUCUCAGAUCUGUGUGUGUGCCCCUUGGCAGAUCCCAGGGAGAGAAAGCAGAUCGCCCAGCGAUUCAGCUUACAGAACUCCCUGAAAAAUAUGAAGGACGUCGGCAUUUUACAAGUGAAGGUUUUAAAGGCGGUAGAUCUCUUAGCGGCAGAUUUCUCAGCGCUGUGUGCAGUGUUUUAUUCUUCACAGGGUACAGAGAGUAAUCCAGACGUUCCAGUGUCUGAUCAGAGGAUGCCUCUCCACUCAUUGCCGAAUUACCGCCUUGUACUGACUGACAAUUUAAGCACCUAUAUGACAGAUGCUAUUUACCAAAUUCGAGACGGACAGACAAACUGUUACGUGUUGAAGAAUAAAGAUUUAGAACAAGCUUUUAAAGGAGUUAUUUACUUGGAGAUGGACCUCAUAUAUAAUCCGAUCAAAGCAAGUAUUCGGACCUUUACUCCCAGAGAAAAGCGCUUUGUUGAAGAUAGCCGCAAGCUGUCCAAAAAGAUCUUAUCAAGAGAUGUAGACCGAGUGAAAAGACUCACCAUGACACUCUGGAAUGUAGUACAGUUCCUUAAAAGCUGCUUCCAGUGGGAAUCCACAUUGAGAAGUACAGUAGCAUUCGUGGUGUUUUUAGUCACUGUCUGGAAUUUUGAACUGUACAUGAUCCCGCUGGCAUUAUCGCUCCUCUUUGUCUACAAUUUCAUCAGACCUACAAGGGGGAAGGUUGGCAGCAUCCAGGACAGCCAGGAGAGCACGGACGUAGAUGAGGAGAAGUAUGAAGAUGACAAGGAAUCUGAGAAAAAGGGCUUAAUUGAAAGAAUCUAUAUGGUACAGGAUAUUGUCUCAACUGUUCAAAACAUCUUGGAGGAGAUAGCUUCUUUUGGAGAAAGAAUUAAAAACACAUUUAACUGGACGGUCCCAUUCCUUUCCUUCCUGGCCUGUUUGAUACUGGCAGUUGCCACCAUCACUUUGUAUUUCAUUCCACUGCGGUACAUCAUUUUAAUCUGGGGCAUAAAUAAAUUUACUAAGAAGCUUCGAAAUCCCUACGCCAUCGACAACAAUGAGCUACUAGACUUCCUCUCCAGAGUACCGUCUGAUGUUCAAAAGGUGCAGUAUGCAGAGUUGAAGCCCGGCAGCAGCCAGAGCCCCCUUCGGAAGAAGCGCAGCGCACUCUAG